GAAUGCAAUGUUUGUGGAAAAUCGUUUGCUGUAAUGAGCUAUCUCAAGAAACAUGAAAUAAUACACACUGGACAGAGACCACACAAAUGCAAUGUUUGUGGAAAAUCGUUUGCUGUAAUGAGCUAUCUCAAGAAACAUGAAAUAAUACACACUGGACAGAGACCACACAAAUGCGGUGUCUGUGGAAAAUCAUUUACUCACUCGAGCAGUCUCAAGUCCCAUAUUUUAAGACACACAGGAAAGAGACCACACAAAUGCGAUGUGUGUGCAAAAUCGUUUACUGAAAGGUGCAAUCUCAAGCAACACGAAUUAAUACACACUGGACAGAGACCAUACAAAUGCGAUGUCUGUGGAAAAUCAUUUACUCAGUCGGGCCGGCUCAAGAACCACAAUGUAAUACACACAGGAAAGAGACAACACAAGAGACAACACAAAUGCGAUGUGUGUGCAAAAUCGUUUACUGAAAGGUGCAAUCUCAAGAAACAUGAAUUAAUACACACUGGACAGAGACCACACAAAUGCGAUGUCUGUGGAAAAUCAUUUACUCAGUCGGGACAUCUCAAGACCCAUGAAUUAAUUCACACUGGACGGAGACCACAUAGUUGCAAUGUCUGUGGGAAAUCAUUUACUCAGUCGAGCAGUCUAAAGACACACGAAUUAAUACACACUGGACACAGACACCACAAAUGUGAUACUUGUGGUAAAUUAUUUAAUGCAUUGAGUAAUCGCAAGGCCCAGAAGAUAAUACACAGUGGAAAGAGACCCUACAAAUGUAGUAUUUGUGGAAAAUCUUUUAUUCAUUGGGGUAGUCUCAAGACACAUGAAUUAAUACACACUGGACAGAGACCACACAAAUGCAAUGUCUGUGGAAAAUCAUUUGCUCAGUCGGGAAAUCUCAAGACCCAUGUAUUAAUUCACACUGGACGGAGACCACACAGUUGCAAUGCCUGUGGAAAAUCAUUUACUCAGUUGGUCAGUCUCAAGACUCAUCUGUUAAUACACACAGCAAAGAGACCACACAAAUGCGAUGUGUGUGGAAAAUCGUCUACGCGGUCGGGCUAUCUCAACAGCGACGUUUUAAUACACACAUGAGAUGACCCCACAAAUGUGAUACUUGUGGUAAAUUAUUUAAUGUAUUGAGUAAUCUCAAGACCCACAAGUUAAUACACAGUGGAAAGAGACCCUACAAAUGUAGUAUUUGUGGAAAAUCUUUCACUCAUUGGGGCAGUCACAGGAAACACAAAUUAAUACACACUACAUAGAGGUCACUCAAAGUAUUGUUGAGGUCUGUAGACCUACACAUGUUGAUAGAAGACCACACGUGUUUUAUGAAAAUUGUUCGCAUGUGCUACAGAGAGGUCACAAAAAAAUAUGACAAAUCCAUUUCUGCAGCUUCACAUUCAAAGAAGUUACAUACAAAAUACAACAUAUGAAGCACACAAUUCUGAUUUUUUGUUGCAAAUACUCCAUGCUUUAAUUGUUCAGGCUACCCAAAAUCUGUCUUCCACCAUUACCGGUGCACCAACAUCAGGCGCUACAGUCUGGUUCUAGGCGCUACAGUCUGGAACUGCGGGACCGCUACGGUCGCAAGUUCGAAUUUGCCUCUGGCAUGGAUGUGUGUGAUGUCCUUAGGUUAGUUAGGUUUAAGUAGUUCUUGGGGACUGAUAACCACAGCAGUUAAGUCCCAUAGUGCUCAGAGCCAUUUGAGCCAACAUCAAAAAUCACCUACUCGUUGAUAUGCCUACAGGAUUAAUCUUUAGAGAUCUUGCACAAGAAAAACAUAACUUACUUCAAUGCCAUGCUACAUCGAACACCCACGAAAAACACACUAGCGCGACCCUUCUUGCUUCCUUCCAUCGGAAGAUAGCUGCGCAAAAUCGUCACGUGACUAUGAAACACCUAUUCCGCCAUGUGAAAAAUAUAGAAGC